AUCUCUCUCUCUCUCUCUCUUCUCUCUCUCUACUCUACAGUUCCUUCUCUAAACUGAUUUCCUGAGAGAGAAAAUGUACAGUUCGUGCAAUCUUCUCUCUACGCCUGCGCUUAGGUCUUCGUUUCCGCUCUCCAGUGAAGAAUCCGCAGCGGCUCCAAUCAGUGGUAGGUGUAUAAAAAAGCAACCGUCUGGAGUCAGUGUUAUCUCCAAAAAACUGCUAUCUAAUAAUAGCAGAGCUAUUUCCCCAUAUAAUUUUAUAUCACAUGGAAAGGUGUGCGGUUCAUCUAUGUCAGCAGUUCUGAUCGACGACCAUUCUACGGUAGUAAAUAUGGAGGAAGGCACUGAAAACAUUGGCCUCUUAAGUUUAGAUCCAGGUUUGGAAGCUUAUAAAGAUCAUUUCAGAUACAGAGUAAGGAGAUAUGCAGAUCAGAAAAAGCUCAUUGAAAAACAUGAAGGAAGCCUUGGAGAAUUUUCACAAGGUUAUUUGAAAUUUGGGUUUAACCGAGAAGAAGGUGGCAUUGUGUACCGUGAAUGGGCCCCAGCUGCAGAGGAAGCACAAGUUAUUGGUGAUUUUAACGGGUGGGAUGGUUCUGGCCACAAGAUGGUGAAAAAUGAAUUUGGUGUAUGGAGUAUCACGAUUCCUGAUUUUUCUGGGAAUCCAGCCAUUCCACACAAUUCAAGAGUCAAGUUCAGGUUUAAGCAUAGCAAUGGAGUAUGGGUUGACCGAAUCCCUGCCUGGAUAACGUACGCGACUCAGGAUCCUACAAGAUUCGCUGCACCUUAUGAUGGUGUAUACUGGGACCCACCACCUUCAGAGAGGUACCAGUUCAAACACCCUCGUCCACCUAAACCGGCCGCACCACGAAUAUAUGAAGCGCACGUUGGAAUGAGUAGUUCGGAGCCCCGUAUAAAUACAUAUAGGGAGUUUGCAGACGACAUUUUGCCUCGUAUUCGAGCAAACAAUUAUAAUACAGUCCAGUUGAUGGCUGUAAUGGAGCAUUCCUACUACGCAUCGUUUGGAUAUCACGUCACAAACUUCUUCGCAGUGAGCAGUCGAUCCGGGACCCCAGAAGACCUUAAGUAUUUGAUUGAUAAAGCACAUAGCUUAGGUCUUCAAGUAUUGAUGGAUGUGGUUCACAGCCAUGCAAGUAACAAUAUCACUGAUGGACUUAACGGUUUUGAUGUUGGACAAAGCUCUCAAGAUUCUUACUUUCACACUGGAGAUCGAGGCUAUCACAAAUUGUGGGAUAGCAGAGUAUUCAACUAUGCCAAUUGGGAGGUCCUCCGAUUCCUUCUGUCGAAUCUGAGGUGGUGGCUGGAUGAGUUUAAGUUUGAUGGAUUUCGAUUUGAUGGAGUGACAUCGAUGUUGUACCAUCAUCAUGGAAUAAACAUGGGGUUCACUGGGAACUAUAGUGAGUACUUUAGUGAGUCCACAGAUGUCGAUGCUGUGGUUUAUAUGAUGUUGGCUAAUAAUUUAAUACACAGUAUCUUGCCUGAUGCAACUGUGAUUGCUGAAGAUGUUUCCGGAAUGCCUGGACUUAGCCGACCUGUGUUCGAGGGCGGGAUUGGAUUUGACUACCGCCUGGCAAUGGCCGUUCCUGACAAAUGGAUUGACUAUUUGAAGAAUAAGAAUGACGAAGAAUGGUCAGUGGGUGAUAUAUCAUGGAGUUUGACAAAUAGGAGAUACACUGAAAAGUGUAUAGCAUAUGCUGAGAGUCAUGACCAGGCUAUUGUGGGUGAUAAAACAAUUGCAUUUUCCCUGAUGGAUAAAGAAAUGUAUUCUGGUAUGUCCUGUUUGACCAAAGCUUCUCCAGUAAUUGAGCGUGGAAUUGCACUUCACAAGAUGAUUCAUUUCUUAACAAUGGCAUUAGGAGGAGAGGGUUAUCUUAAUUUCAUGGGAAAUGAGUUUGGGCAUCCAGAUUGGAUAGACUUCCCUAGAGAAGGCAAUGGUUGGAGUUCUGAUAAGUGCAGACGCCAAUGGGAUCUCGUGGAUACAGAUCAUCUAAGAUUCAAGUUUCUGAAUGCUUUUGACAGAGCCAUGAAUUUGCUUGAUGAAAAAUUUAAGUUUCUCGCAUCAGCAAAACAGAUUGUGAGUAGCACGGAUGAAGUUCGAAAGGUCAUUGUUUUCGAACGUGGGGAUCUAGUAUUUGUGUUUAACUUCCACCCAGAAAAUACAUAUGAAGGGUACAAAGUCGGUUGUGACUUGCCAGGAAAAUAUAGAGUUGCUUUGGACAGUGAUGCUUGGGAAUUCGGCGGACCUGGAAGAGUGAGCCACGACGUGGACCAUUUCACAACCCCGGAAGGUGUACCUGGUGUUCCUGAAACAAAUUUUAAUAACCGUCCCAAUUCCUUCAAAGUGCUUUCUCCUCCUCGUACAUGUGUGGUUUAUAAUAGAGUAGAAGAGGGAGUAAACGAGGAUUCGUCGAAAAGUGCAGCAGCACAAGUGGUGGAAACUGAAAAUAGUAAAGAUGAACUUGUUAAGAAGCUACUAGUACCACUGCUAGAUGAUCAUCAGUCAGAUGACUGACCAUCUUCUUCUGCCUUAUUUCUAUCUCUCUGUUUAAAAAAAUAAUUAAAAGUAGUGAUUUUAUCAUCUUUUUAUAUACAAUAAACUCAAUUCUUAUGCUUUUUUAA